AUGUCAACGAAACCACGUGAAAAUAUGAUUGGUAGCAGUAGCCUUUCAGACGCUAAUCCAGUACAAGUCAUCAGAACAGGCUAUUCAACAAAUAAUCAAAAUGAUAUUCGUAAUACGGAGGAAGGUAUUGGAGCCUGUGGAUGGAUUUUAGUAAUCCUUUCCUAUAUUCUCGUUAUACUGACAUUUCCAUUUUCACUAUGUGUCACAAUCAAAGUUAUACAAGAGUACGAGCGUGCUGUCAUAAUGCGUCUCGGCCGAAUCGGUUCCGACGGUGCUAAGGGUCCUGGUCUGUUUUUCAUUUUACCGUGUGUCGAUUCUAUUGUAAAAAUUGAUUUGCGAACUGUUACUUUCGAUGUUCCACCACAAGAGAUUCUAACUCGUGAUUCUGUGACUGUCUCAGUUGAUGCUGUUGUCUAUUUUCGAAUUUAUAAUCCAACUAUUAGCGUAAUUAAUGUUGAAAACUCACCCAUUGCAACACAACUACUAGCUGCUACUACUUUGCGUAACAUUCUAGGUACUAAAACGUUGCAAGAGAUUUUGAGUGAUCGUGAAAACAUUUCACAUACAAUGCAAGCACAUUUGGAUGAAGGCACAGAACCUUGGGGUGUGAAAGUUGAACGAGUAGAGAUUAAGGAUGUUCGACUUCCUGUAAGUAUGCAACGUAGUAUGGCUGCUGAAGCUGAAGCUACACGCGAAGCUCGUGCAAAUGUGAUUGCUGCAGAGGGUGAACAGAAAGCGUCACGAUCUCUAAAAGAAGCCGCCGACAUUAUCAGCCAGAGUCCGAUUGCAUUACAACUUCGUUAUCUUCAAACAUUGACGACUAUAUCGGCUGAGAAGAACUCGACCAUUGUAUUUCCGAUUCCUAUCGAACUUCUUUCAUUGGUGAAAAAAUAA